CCCCUGGCUGCGGGCAGUAAAAUCUAGUAGCAGUGAUCAGCAGCUGCAGAGGCGAUGGUGGUCGUGGCAAGGCCAGCACAGCCCUCGCCGCCUGGUCAUGCAGGGCCGGGCGGCGGGAGCCGAGCACUGUCAGCGCCGCCGAGCGCGGCAGCCGGGCCUGGUGGCCAUCUCGCUGCCGCAGCAGCCGCGGCGGCGGCCGCAGUGGCGGCGGCAGCAGCAAGGCUGGGCGAGGCAGGUCGCGGCUUUGUGCUGUCGGCCCCCUUCCAGACCGCGGUGCAGCUGGUUGCGGGGGAGCUUGUCACUGGGCUGUUCGUGGUUGUCAGGCCGCUCGCCUUCCCCACCUCCUGCCUGGCGCCUGCGCUGUACUCGGCCUGGACGGUGCUGUUCUCGCCCGACAACCACCUGGGCAGCCGGCUGCAGGCGGGCGCGGUGGUGGCAGCAGCCAUGAGCUGGGGCGCAGUGAUGGGCGGCGUCGUGCUGAGCCUGGCGCUGGGGCUUGUGCCCGCCGCCGGCUCGCACCUGCACACGGGCGUGCUGUGCGUGCUAGCGCUGGCGGUGCUGCCGGUGCUGGCCGCCAACCGCGCGACGCUGGGCCCCAGCAGCCCGCCCUUCAUGUGGGUGGCGGGCUCCACCUCCAGCCUGGCGUACGGCGUGGUGCUGCUGACGGGGCAGCCGCUGGGCAGCGUGGCGGCGGUGUGGAGCGGCGUGGUGCGCAAUCUGGUGCUGGUGGGGUUCUUGGGCGGCGGCUGCGGCGGCCUCAUGGCGGCAGCGGUGCUGCCCAGCCUGGCCGCACACGAGCUGCGCGAGGACACAGCGGCGGUGGUGCGCGGCGCCGGGCACGCCAUCACCAGGAUCGCGAGCAGAGCUCUGCAGCCGCAGCCGGAGAUUUGCUGGUCGGCUGAGGGCUGGCGGCCGGCGCCGUCGGCAACCCUCUCGCGGCCGGGCAGCCCCGCGCCUGCAUCGCUGUCACCUGCACACGCCGGCGGAUGGUCGCGACAUGCGGACGGCGGCCUCGCCGCUGAGGACUACUGCUCAGGUGGCGGCGGUGGCCGGGUGCACACAAUGGCCAUGCCGAGUGUAGCAGGCGCAGCACGGACCAAGCUGGACGCCGCCAGCCAUCCGGCGGCGGCGCCAGCGAAUCCAGCGCCGGCGGGUCCCUUGGAGGCCGACCCAGUUGCGCCCCCUCUAGACACGCCUGCCACGCCUCCGGGCUCCGGCACCGGGCGAGCGACACCCGCUGUUCGGAGCUCCGGGGCAGCGGGGGAUGAGGUGCAGCCCACCCUGCCGCCGGCUGACGAGGCCUCCUCCUCCUCUUCCGCCGACGAGGACGCGCUCCACCCGCUACACGUCUCGCCAGAGGGGCGAAGUGGCGGCGCCGCCGCCGCUGCCGCCAGCCCUGCCGCCGCAGCAACGGCUGCCAGUGGCAGCGCACACCCUGACGCACACGAACUGGCACACCUCGGCGACGACGGUGACGACGACGGCGGCGGGCAUGAAGACGAGGAGGCGCAGGACGCGCUGGACGAUGAUGCCUUUCUACAGAUGCUGCAGGAGGCGUCUGAGCCGUCGUUGCUAGCCAACGCAUAUGCAUCAGCCUACGCCGGCCCCCAGCCCACUGCCGGUGACCGGCGCCGCAGCAGCGUGAGCGUGUUGGAGCGCGUCAGCGUCGCCACCGUCGCCACAGCCGAUACGGUGGUGGGCUGGUGGUGGCGGCUGCGGGUGCGGGCGCGGCUGUGGACGCUGCGCCUGCGGCGCUGCUGUUGCGGCUCACGCGCGGAGGCCGCUGCGGCGGAGCGCACGCUCAGCCUGCCGGUGUUCGUGGCGCCGCCGGGUGGGCUGCGGCCGUCUCCGGCGGUUGCCGCGGCCGCCACGGCCCUUGCGGCACACCGGCAUCGGAAGGCAGUCACGUCAACCUGGAGGCCGCGGCCUGCUCCCGCGACCCUCUCGACCCCUCAGCAGCACCAGCAGGCGCCUGCAGCGCACCUGGGCAGGGCAUCCGUGCUCGCAUCAGCUGCACAGCAGCAAGAGCAGCAGCAGCAGCCGGUGGGCAGUGGCGAGCGCGUGGGCGCAGUGGGCGGCGGCGGCGGCGUGGGCCAGGCGGCGGCGGUGGCGUGGGCGCCGGUGUCGGUUCUGAGGCCGCUGCUGGGCCGGGCGCGGCAGUGUGUGGCGUCGGCGCGAUUGGAGCCGCCGUGGUGCAUCAGCGGGCCGCGCGACCUGGACCGUUGGUCGCGGCUGCUGUCCUGCUGCGAGGUGCUGGUGGGGCGGGUGGAGGCGCUGGGCGCGCUGCUGGAGCACCGCGGCCGGAGGGCCGUGCCGCUGGGUGACCCCCACCUGUCCGAGCUGCUGGGCGGUGGCGACGUGGUGGGCCCCUACCGGGUCGCACACGCCCGCGCCGCCGCCGCCUGCGCCGCCAUCAGCAGCGCACUAACAGCAUCCGCCACCGGCCCACAAGGCCACAGGAGCCGCAGUAGCAGCAGUAGCAGCAGGAGGAGCAGUAGCAGUAGCAGCUGCAUGGCAUGGCUGCGGGGCAAGAGCAGCAGGCAGACCGCUGCAGUGGUGUCUGCUGCAGGCGCAGAAGCUCCUGCGGCGGCGGAGCUACUUCCAGUGGUGACAGAUUGGGAGGCGGUGCGGCGGGAGCUCAAGGCGGCGGUCCGAUGUGGCUUCCGCGGCUACUGGGGCCGGCUGCGUGCGGUCGCUGCGUCUGCAGCAGCAGCAGCAGCAGACGAGGAGGCUGUAGCUGCUGGAGACGGCGUGCAGAACACACGGGAUGCAGCUGCAGCAGGAGUGCCGGCAGUGCUGCAUGCCGAUGCAGGUGGGAGCGGCGGGGCAGCAGAGGCGCAACCAUCACCCGCCUCACGGUGGCCGGCACAACAACAACAGGACCGGCAGCGGCGUGUGCCCAUCCUUGGCAUCGAGCAGGCUCGGGCGCUCAUGUUCAUGUGGGCUGUGUCCGACGGCGUGCUGGCUGCAGUGGCGGAGAUGGAGGCGGCGGCGCGCGACCUCCUGGCGCAACCUGCCGCGGCAGCACCAGCGUCACGAGCCGCACCAGCCACAUCAUCAACCGCAGCAGCAGCCCCCGAGUUGUCAGGGACAGCACCGCUGCCGCACACAGGGCAGGCGCCGCUGCAGCAACAGCAGCAUCACUCGUCUCUAGCACCGGCGCUCGUGCGGAACCCUGACGCACUGCCUCCUGAGGGUCCGCUGGGGAGGAGCGCCGGCGACACCACUGCCAGCGGCAUGAGGAGCAUGAGUGGCACCAGUGGCAGUGCUACGGUCACGGCAGGGCACAUCGCUGGUGUUUCAUCAACAGUGGGGACCUCUUCGCCGUCGGCCCAGCCGCCGCCGGCUCUGAAAGGGCCGGCAUUGCGCCUCAGACGACUCAGACAGGCAGCCGUAGCGCAGGCUAGAGCGGUUGGUGUGUGGCUGGAACGCGAGUUCGGCUGGGCGUGGCGCGUGCUGCAGAUUGCAGUUGGCUGGCAGGUGGUCGCCACCAGCGCGGCCGCCCUGGCGACCAGCCCGCGACUGCUGCUGGAGGUGGCGCGGUACGGCCUGGAGCGGGCUGGCGCGGCGGCACACGCGGGCCUGGCCUGCGCCCGCCACGCCGCGACCCGCCGACCCACGACCAGUGGGCUACGCACCACGACUGCACGCAAUGGCGUCGACACAGCCGCCAAAGCCGCGGAGCUAGUGAGCGCGGCGGGCGCGGCGGCGGCACCCAGCUCUGCCCCACCGCCCCUGUGGAGCAGCCGCUUCUUCCAGUUCGGCUGCAAGUACUGGCUGACGUGUGGCGCUGUGCUGGUGGGGACACUGGGCGUGUCCGCCCGGCCGGAGCUGGCCCCGCUGAUGCGACGCUACCCGCCCAUGUACGGCUACAUCGCCUCCUGCGUGGCCAUGACGGAGCGGGUGGAGUCCACCGCCAGCCGCGUCGUGUUGAGGCUGCUGGGCACGCUGGCCGGCGGCGCGCUGGGCCUGGCAGCAUUGCUGCACUCGCAGCUCGCCAACAGCCCGCCUGCACUGCUGGGCCUGGUGUGCGGCGCCACAUUCCCUGUGGCCUGCCUGUGCGGCAACCGCUUCAAGCCCGCCAUUGUGCUGACGCUGGUGACCCUGAGCGCCAUGACCCUGUGCCACCAGCCGCGCACCGCGGGCGGCAGCAGCAACACGGUGCGCGGCGACAGCGACACGGCGCAGGGCGUGGCGCUGCGGCUGUUCGCGGCGCGGGUGACGUCGGUGUCACUGGGCUGCACACUGCCGCUGCUGGUGUCACGCAUGGUGCUGCCCUGGUACACGAGCGACUGGGCGCUGGAGACGAUGGCGGGCGCCUUCGAGGGCUGUGAGAGGCUGACCCGGCAGCUGUACACCCAGUUCUAUGAGGAGGGCUACAGGGCACACGUGGCGGCGCGGGGCCGGCAGGCGACUGACACGUUGCUGCAGCAAUGGGGGCUCCCGGCAGCCAGUGGUGUUGUUGUUAGAACACCAGCGGGUGGGGAACAGGCCGCCACCGCCGCCACCACCACCACCACCACCACUGCCAAGGAGCUGCAGGCGCUGGUGGUGGGUCCGCUGGUGUCUGUGCAGCGCUCACUGCUCCGUGACGCGGCCGUGUGGACCCGCGGCACACUGGCCACACCCGAGGUGGUGGCGGCGCUGCUGCGUGCGUUGCUGCCACUGGCGGACCGGCUUGCGGCGCUGCAGCUGGUGGUGGCAGAGACGCCGCCGCUGGUGCACGGCCAUCUGUCGGGCUGGGCGUUUGAGGCCAUUGUGCUGCCGAUGCACGCCGACAUGCAGGCCAUGCUGGACGCGCUGCACCAGGUGGUGGUGGCCUCGCGGGCGCUGCUGGUGGCUGAGCACCUGCAGGCCGCCCGCAGCAGCGGCGCCAGCAGCAUACGCAGUAGUAAGGGGCCUGACAGUGGCGGCAGCGGCGUCAGCUCUAGAACCGGUGCCGGCGGCGUUGACGGGCACAUGCACGGGCGUCCACAAGCAGGACCGGGUGACAGCAAGGCAGAGGCGCAAGCCACGCAGAUGUCGCCACGCGCGGCGCUGUCCGCGGCGGUGCACUCUCUGGACCUGGCACGGCUCCAGGUCCGGCGGCGGCUUCGCGGCAUGCGGCGCGCCUUCCACGCCGCCGUCCUGGCGCUGGACGAGCAGCGGCUGCCGUACGCCACGCACCCGGAUGACGCCGUGCGCGUCAACGCCAUGCUCUUUGCGCUGGUGCAGGUGUUGGACCGGUCCACGGCAGCUGCACGAUGCCUCGCUUAUGCACGGCGCGAACGCCUGCAGCCCAAGGCACCCGCCGCCCGUUGAACAGGCGUGGCUUCGUCCCUGCCGACGGGCACAGCUGCGGCAGCUUCCAACCCACACGUAUUGAGGAGCACGAACCCGCCCCUGGCAUCCUCUCGUGGUUCCCACAAGUCCACGGCCUCUACAUCUUCACCUGGCCUCGGAGUGGAAUGGGGGGCUCAGCGAGUGUGGUGAGUCGGGUGACUGUGGUGGUCGCAUCCUAAACAGCUCAGGAAUGCGAACAAUGGUUCUUACGCUGUUUGGCCUGGUUGGGCGGGGCGAGAUGACAUGCAAGCACUUCGUUGACAUGGGAGUUAGUAAGUUACCGGCGAUCCGGGCGUGCCUUUGUGGCCGCAUGGUAGGUGUCCUGAGACGGCCGGCAGCAGAAGACACACGUACGGUAGACGGCAGCAGAGCGUGCAUCAGUGCGCGCGUGCGUGCAGCCGUCCAUUUUCAUUCUUCAAUCGGGAUGACUGCGUGGACCCGCAUGCAUAGCCCCGGCACCCUCCCUCCCCUGCCCGGCACAUUAGCGCAACAAUCCGGCGGCGGUGCUUCAGCAAGUGGCUGUCCGGGUGUGGCCUGAUCCAUGGAGUGUUAGGAAGUAGGGCACGCCGUCGAAACCAGAGCAGUGAAUGUGUGGCACACUUGAUUGUGUGAGUCGGGCAGUCGGGCAUGCUGGGCGUCAUGCCGUCAAUCUCG